CCGACACCGCAGCUGCAGUGUCUCCUCACCAGCACCAUGGCUCGGAAGGUCACUAUCAAGCCUGGAUUCGUUGCAAUCUCCGCAUUAGCCAUCUUCGUGGCAAUUAUGCUCUGGGAUCGAAGAGGCAAGGAAAUCGAAGAUCCUAAUCCUCUGAAUUACAAAGAGGAAGGAGAUCACCGUGUUUUGCCACGCUCAAAAAGGCAAAGCUCUUUCAAAAAACAUUUCCAACUGACGGAACAAGUGAGCAACGUGAUGGCUUGUUGCACCAGAGACAUGCCGUUCUUCUUUGACGAGCAAGCUCUCAAAGCUUGUCCUCUGCCCAAUAAUGAUAAUGCUUGCAAUUACGACAAGAAGCGCCUCAAGAGGCAACGGGGACGAGCCAGAUCUGCUCCGAGAAAUCUCAACUGGCUUGGGCAAAUCAGACAAGCUCUCCUAGGUGGCAAAAGUGCUGCCAAGAAGGCGCCGAAAAACAAAGCUGGUCAAUCAUGGUCAUCCAUCUCUACAGAGGAAGGCAAUCGGUUUAGUAAGCGGACUUUGUGCUACAAUGAAUGUCUCUUCACGAAAAUGGGUUAUAUGGUUUCGCCUCCGUCAAUCGAUUUAGAGGCAUAUGAGAAGACCUUUUACGAGCUCAACGAUAACAGCACCUACUGGGUUCCACGCUUCAAUGACGCCCUGGCAAUUUGCGAGGAAAAAUCUGCUUGUGCUUCGCCCGAGGCGAUUUCAAUUCAGAAAAAGAACCGCAACAUCAGGCCGACAAUUCUGACGCUCUGCAUGUUCCAGCAAUUGUUCUCGGGCUGCCUACCAAAAAAGACCCGGGAAUGCGACAAAGCCGUCAACACGUUCUCGAGAGCAAACGUCUAUAAUGCCUACAAAAAUUAAAAUUGAUCCUGCAGAAUAAAAUUGGUCAUCCAGAUUAA